AUGCCUUUGGAUGAUCACAAAAUCCGACCCUUGCCCCCAGAUGCCGUGGCGAAAAUCAAGUCUUCCACAUCCAUCACCCAUCUGAACGGGGUGAUCGUUGAACUCGUCAAGAAUGCCUUGGACGCGAAUGCGCGCACCGUCUUUGUGACGGUCGAUAUCCAGCGCGGAGGAUGCAUGGUUGAGGACGACGGGGAUGGUAUUCCACCAUCGGAGUUCGGAUCCCAGGGAGGGUUAGGGAAAGCACACCAUACCUCGAAAUUGCAUCUGCAAAAUGCUGUACAUGGUCAGAGUGGAUCGUUCCUUGCCUCCUUGGCUUCUCUUUCAUUGUUGACCGUGACCUCGCAUCACUUUCGAGAGGACAGCACUAAUAGCAUCAUAUUCCAUCAUUCGACCCCGAUCGCACGACUGACUCCAGCACCGGCAACCCACCAUCUGAGGUUCAGUGGCCAUGGGACUUGCGUCACAGUCAAUGACUUGUUUGGAAAUAUGCCUGUGCGUGUGAAGAGCCGUGCACUGGCCCUUCAAAAGUUGGACGAACUGGAGAGACAAUGGGACGACCUUCGCCAGCUGCUCAUUGCCUUGAUGUUAGCCAAUGAUGGUCUGACGAAGCUAGUCGUUUUGACUACUGGGGAGGAGAGAAGAUUGAUGAUCCGCUCCCAACUUGGGAAUCAAGGGGCAACGGGGGAGGUUGACAUGCUACGUAUUACCUCGAUACUCACGCAGGCUGGUCUACUCGAGGCGCAGAACGCUGGUCGAUGGGAGUCUGUAUCAGCAUGUGUUUCUGGCAUUUCGGUGUAUGCCGCCAUAUCUCCUGUGCCCAGUCCCACCAAGAAGGUCCAGUUCAUCUCUUUUGGAAUCCACUCGGUCUUUCCACGCCAGAACACGAAUUUGUUAUAUACCGAGAUCAACCGUCUUUUUGCUCUUUCCGACUUCGGUGGGACAGCACCUUUCAGUAGUCACGGGAACGCUAGUCCGAGGUCCAUGGGCAAGACUGCCAACAAAUGGCCCAUGUUCUACAUACGCAUCGUCGUUGAUCGCCCCAGGGAAUUUUGCAACAGCAGUCAUGAAACGGUGCCCGAGUCAAACAAUUCCAUUCAGCGAGUCAUGGAUGUGGUUACAGCAAUGGUCAUCGAGUUUCUUAGGCAGCAUGGUCUGCGGCCACGGGCGAAAGCCCGGAAAAGGAAUACGUCGCAGAGGCUAGCAAGCAACCAAUCGUCUGUUGCUAGUGAAAGAUCUCUAGAACAGCCGGUUCGCCCAUAUGGCCGACCUUCUGGCACCGAAGAUGCCUUCGGUGGCCAGUUGAAACUCCCAUCUUUCAAAAGACCCGCGUCGGGAGGCAUCGGGGCCGAUUUUGCAAACUGGUCUAGAGUCAAGAGUGCAAAGGAACCUUUCAACACGUACGAUACCCCCGUGGGGUUGAAAAACGCACGUGCCGGCUUAUUGGAAGAUGGCAACGGGAGUCAGGUUCCCUCCUCUCCGAAGAUGGAUGGUUGCCUGGCUAGUAAACGCACGGAAACUGGUGAAGAAAGCGAGUCAGGUGUUGAUAUGGUGAUUCCUUGGGUUGAUCCAUACACUGGUCGGACCCAUUGGGUUGAUUCACGAACGGGACAAUCUGUCAAUCGGAAAUCAUCAAUGACCGCGACGCUUGACAAAGAACGACCGCGGCUGACAGGAACUUUCCAUGGUCUUCGGAUGUCCGACCAAUCAAGGCCAGCAUCGAGUGAAGGCCGCAAUCAUUGGGUUGAGAAUCUUUUGGACGGUUGGACGAACCCUGCUUAUAGCCGACCAGAACAACCAAUAAAUACUAUUGAUGAUGGGAGGCGUUUUGGACACUUGAGUAAUACGACGACAAUGCGGCCAGACGACACCUCGGGGGAAUACUGCAGGCUGGAGGAUCUCGGACUGGGGAAAUUCCGAGGGAAGAUCCAUGAGCAAGAUCUCGCAACGGCAGAGAUCAUCGCGCAGGUGGAUCGGAAUUUUAUCCUUGCAAGGAUCGGCGACGCCCAACGCUCACGGUCGAGUCUGAUCCUGGUCGAUCAACAUGCCGCGGACGAAAGGUGUCGUGUUGAACAUCUUUUUGGGGGAUUAUUCGCGGAUAACGACAACAGUCUCUGCCCGAUUCACACGAUCAGGAUUGACCCUAUAACGUUUGAAAUCCCACUGACUGAAGCAUCUCUUUUUGGGCAAUAUGCAGGAGUUUUGGCUUCUUGGGGGGUUGGUUAUACAGUUACGCAGGGCCCCGGAGGAAGAGCUACGGUUCACGUGGGCUUCCUUCCUACACUGAUUGCCGAACGAUGCCGGGUGGAGAAUAGUUUGGUUAUCGACCUGAUCCGCAGUGAGAUUUGGCAGCGUGAGGACGAGAGGCACGGGCCGUUGACUGUUGAGAUGCGGAGCAGAGAGGAGGCCGCGCGCGACAUUGAGCCCCGAUGGGUGGACCGGCUCCAGGCUUGUCCUCGAGGCAUUAUUGAUCUCCUCAACUCUCGCGCCUGUCGGACAGCGAUCAUGUUCAAUGAUGUGCUGACGGUGGACGAAUGUCAGAGUCUUGUCAGUCGGCUGCGACAAUGUGUGCUCCCGUUUCAAUGUGCCCACGGACGGCCGUCUAUGGUCCCGAUCUUGGAUUUGCGAGAAGCCGAUGGGUCUGCGAUGUUGGGGGGAAGAGAUGAAUGCGAAUAUGAGAUGACCGAGGGCUGUGGACCACGGAGCUUCGUCGAAGCUUUUCAGUCGUGGCAGUCCCGCGGCUGA